AUGGAACUGACCGCUGGAGACUUUGAAGGCGGCGAUCCCUGUGGCGGGCAGUUCUGCUUGCUGCUCCUGCAUCGGGGGAAGGGAGACUCGGUGCCCUUGGAAAAGGUCUCGAAGGCUUUGAAGAACGAGCCAGUGAAGGUCUAUCGUGUGUCGGCCGAGAAGCACCCUGCCUUCGCCCGAGCCUUCGAGGGCUUCGUAGGCUUGCUACGUCGUCCUGCCGUGCGGCUGGUGCUCUACAGACCGAAGCGGCGGAGCUUUCAGAGCUACGAGGGCGCCACGGACUCCGCGGAGUCCGUGGUGGACUUCGUUCAGAAAGCCAUCAGCAGGGGCUCUCAGUUGCCGGAGAAGCUCUCCGUCCUGCCAGUCAUCCAAUGA